GAUGGUGGGCCAAAUUGUGUUUAUGAAUACGUAAAACAAUUGUCACCUCUGUGGAAUAGUUAUGAUAGUAUUGAUUGCUGAAACACAGAUUCAAUAGGCAAUAGGAGGACGAAAACAUGGCUUCUAGAGGUUCAUCUAUUUACAAAGGAUCCGACCUGAUUCAUGACUACAGUUGUUCCAAGUGUGAGGAAAAUGACCUGAACACUGAAGCCCAGCACUUCUGUCCGGACUGUGAACAGUAUCUGUGUGACAAGUGUGAGGGGAUUCAUGGAGAGUAUUUCAAGAAGCAUAUCGUGUAUGGGCGUGGAGACAUUCAGAAGUGGGCGGGGUUCUCUCUGGACAAGUGUGAGCAGCAUGGCAAAGAGCUGGAGGUCCACUGUGAUGACCACAAGGAAUUGUGUUGCAGUGUGUGUGUGGCCCUUUACCACAGGCUGUGUGGCAGCAUCAGUCACCUACCUGACCUAGCCAGAGAUCUUCUGAAAUCAGCAGAGUUCAAGCAGCUGCCAGGAACUGUGGACAAGAUGAGGAGCAGGCUUGAUGAGCUAAAGAAUGACAGGAUGAAAGAUCAAGAGUCACUGAAGGACUCGUACAAGAACAUCCUGGUUGAAAUCAAAGAUAUCCGCAAAGAGAUUAACAAGAUCUUAGACCAAUUGGAGAUGAAGGCAAUUGCUCAGUUGGAUAGUAUGAUGGCAGAUUUAGAGAAGUCUAUAAAAGAUGAUUUAGAAAGUUGUGUCUAUAUGCAUGACCAACUCAGGACUAUGAUUGAGAAGCUCCAGCAGACUACUGGCAAAAACAAGGAGACCAGUUCUUACAUUGGAUUCAUAAAAUGCCAGUCUAAAUUGAAUGAAGCUAAGUGUCUCGUGCAAGAAAAACGGGGAAAAGUAGGAAUGCAGUUCAAAUCAGAUGAAAGUGUAUUACCAUUUCUGAGAAACCUGAACAACCUUGGUAAUGUUGAAAGUUUUCCCUCCAUGACAAAAAGCAAUGAUACCAUUCAUGUGUAUAAGACUCAGAGUUCGAAGCGUUAUAAUGUUAAAACCAGGAAGAGCAGGACAAACUGCGUCAUUGUAGGUAUAUGCGAGUUGCCCAAUGGAGAUGUGGUUAUUGCUGACCGUGGACACAAGACAAUGAAGCUCCUUAACAGGCAAUACGAGGUUAGUGAUAACUUUGGAUUGCCAGCUUCCCCUUUACAUUUGUGUUACACCAAAGGCAGUGAAAUAGCAGUAGCUAUUAAUGACAGCUUCCCUAUAACACAUGAAAUCCACUUCCUCAAAGUGACAAAAAGGAAGCUACAUACAUUGGGAAAGUUUACCACAGUCCACGAAUGCACCUCCGUUGCCCACCACCAGGGCCAGCUUUAUGUGGGCUCUGACAGUGCCAUAUACCAGUACAGCAUGGAUGGAAGACUCAUAAAGAAGAUAUAUGAGGACUUAGAAUUCACAGUGCACACGUGUGCUGUAUCUCCUGAUGGGGAGAGACUUUAUGUGACCAAAUCUGAUUCUAAAUUAAUUACACUUGAUAAAACUGGCCAAGUGGUAUCUACAGUAGAAGAUUCAGAUAUAAUAGAUCCAAUUGGACUAUGUGUCAGUCCCAGUGGUCAUGUGUUUGUGUGCGGACAUGGGUCCUACACUGUCGUGCAGGUGGACCAGGAAGGAACACAAAAGCUUGCCACAGUGGCAAGCAAGGCUGAUGGCUUGUGUCAGCCUUUGUCAGUGUGGUUCAGUGAACAAACCUCUACCCUCAUUGUUGGAAAUUAUAUGAAUGACAACCUAACCUUUGUCAAGCUUUGUUGAACUUUGAUCGAGAAACUGGUAUGCAAAAAAACGUGCACAUCUAUACUUCCAUUGCUAAGUCUAGCAGGAGAAGCAGUGUUUCUAACAUUUGUAGUAUAUACAUUUUGUUAACCGUGAUUUAAUGUUGGGCCACACUAAAUACAUAUUUCGUUCUACUGAUUCGUCGCUACUAUGUCUUGAAAAUAAAAAAAAUGUGCGCACGUAUGUAUAUUUUCACAGCGAACCGCAUUUUGAGCAUUCGGAGCUCCUCGGCCAUUUUUUUCAAAGACAACCUCGGAUGUAUGCCGGUACAAGAGUUGAAGUAGUUUGUAAAUUUUUGAAUAAUAUCAUUAAUUAAAUGUAGUGUUUAAGAGUUGUAUUUAUUGAUCUCAGUUUAAACUGAUUGCCAGUGACGUGUUUUAUUGCAAACAUAAUUAAGAUUCCCAAGAGUUAAGUCAUAAAGUUUAACUGCUAAAUAAGAUUACUACGCGAUCUAUUUGCAGCGGACUUAAACGUACCACUUUUUGAGUAUGUAAACCGUCCGAUGUAACCCAAAUAUAUCCGAGGUUGUUUUCAAUAAAAUGGCCGAGGAGUUCCGAAUGCAUUUUGAGUUGCUCCUAGUUUUUUAGAAACCUGCAACUUAAUCGAUUAUUAUUUUCCUACGCAGUGAUUUCCCUUUACACUUUUGUUGUUUUGUUUUAUGUAUGUUUACUAUCAUGCACUUACUUGAAUAUAUUUGUUAACUUUGUACAUGCAUUCAUUAUCGUGUAUAUUCAUUUGUACAUUUCUUGACGUUAUGCCUAAACUUUCAUAAAUUGAAUCAUCGAUAUGCUGUAUAUGCAUAAGAUGAUAAACAUUCUGUUCUGUUGUUUAGUUUAGAAAAGGGAAGUAACAGAUGCGUGAAAUUGAAACCCAUUUGGCGUUGGUGUAAAUAAUUCCAAACGAAUUUUUCUUUCAAAGAAGUGCCCGACAUUUUGUUUGCCCAGUGUGUAACAUGUAUACUCUGUUCGUAAAUUCAAAAAUGAUAAAAAAUAGAAGUAGCCACCUGUCCAAGCGUUUUAGAGCCCUUUUUACUCAACAGGCUAUUAUACUGUGUAUAUUAAUGAUAAUCAGUACUCAAAUUUGACAUUGGUCGUGUAAAAGCUUGAUAGCCUUAUAUGUUUUACUGUUUAGUCUAAAAUGAUGCUUAAAAUCAUUCUUGACGUUCGGACAAAAUGUUGCACCCCCUUUCAAACCAUUUAUCUUAUAAUAUAAAAAUGUAACUAUAUAUUUUUUAAAUCUGUCUUAAUUAUUCUAGACAUUUUGAUAAUCUUUUUUGUUCUUACUCUAUUUGUCAUUGCCCAAAUGUCCAAAUAUGUUUAGGAUUGUGUUCAAAUGGGUUAAAGGGUAAUAUGUUAAAAACAAGCUCUUUUUCCUUGAAAUGAUGUACGAAAAAAACGCUCGUCGGUCACAUUAGUAUUGCUAAAAAAUGAUACUUUUUUCGCUCGGUCACUACAUUUUUUAUUCCAAAAAAUCCGUAGAACAAAAACAUGGUGUGGCCUUGAAUAGAAAUUGAAAACAUUAGUUUGUGAAAGUAGAAAUGUGUGACAUAUAUAGUCCAAACAAUGUCCUUUUGUGAGCUUAAUAUUUGCAAACAUGAACGUUUUUAUAUUAUGUUAUUAAGUUAUAUUACAAAAAAGAUUCGCUUCAUGCAAACUUUGUUUAAGGUAGUUUUGUGCUCGAAACAUUUUCGGAGUGUUCCAUACAUAAGAUACUUAUCGGAAAACGAUAUUUUCAUAUCUAUAAAACAUGUUUUUGAAAUGAUCCGUGGUGACUCAUUGAAAUGUUAAUUUUACAUUACAUAAAUGAUCUAUUCCAUUACUUAGAAACACAGGGCUUGUCUGCAAAUCUCUAACAACAGUUUUCGCAGCUCCAAACCAGAGCAGGUUUGGUGAACAUGUUUGAAUAAAUAGAAAAUGAAAAAUUUGAUCAUGAAGAAACAAUGGGAAUCAUGUUUGAUAAAUAUAAGGUAAAAUGUUUUGUCAUGAAGAAACAAUGGGAAUCAUGUUUGAGAAAUAUAAGGUGAAAGGUUUUGUCAUGAAGAAACAAUGGGAAUCAUGUUUGACAAAUAUAAGGUGAAAGGUUUUGUCAUGAAGAAACAAUGGGAAUCAUGUUUGAGAAAUAUAAGGUGAAAGGUUUUGUCAUGAAAAAACAAUGGGAAUCAUGUUUGAUAAAUAUAAGGUAAAAUGUUUUGUCAUGAAGAAACAAUGGGAAUCAUGUUUGAGAAAUAUAAGGUGAAAGGUUUUGUCAUGAAGAAACAAUGGGAAACAUGUUUGACAAAUAGAAGAUGAAAAUAUUGAAAAAAAGAAGAAGAAAAAAAGUGAAACAUUUUUGAGAAGUUAAAGAUGUGUCUGAGAAAUGAAUCAAAAUAGGAAUACUGUUGUUAUAAAACAUAUAUAUUAUAGUAGCAGUCGUGAAAGUUUUACAAGAAAUUAAAUGAAUUAUUUGAUGCAUUAAUGGUGUAUUUUAGAUGUUGUAUUUGCCUUAACAAACUGUUAUGUUCGGUUAAUGUUUGUCAAUGACAUUUUCAUUCACAUUUAUAUCAGGCUGUUUUGAAAGUUUUCAUAUUUAAUAUUCCUAAAUUCAUUAUCUCAU